CGUGGCGGGGCGAGCAAACGGACACCGAUUGGCACCUUGACCGCGGCGAUUUCCGUAGCCGCCGCCGUGGCAGCCUCCAGCACCACCGGCCGCCAACGCCGCCUAAGCCCCUCCGCCGUGCGCUGCUCGUCCUCCGCGGCCAACGAGCGGCAGGCCCUCUUCAGCCGCAUCGCCCCCGUGUACGACCAGCUGAACGACGUGCUCAGCCUGGGGCAGCACCGGACGUUGAAGCGCAUCUGCGUCUCUUGGUCAAGGGCGAAGAGAGGGGAUUGUGUUCUUGAUCUCUGCUGUGGAAGCGGGGAUUUAGUGUUCCUGCUGUCUCAGAAGGUCGGCCUAGAUGGAGAGGUUGGUGCUGUCGAUUUCUUGAGGCAGCAACUGCAGACAUCUGCUGACCGUCAGGAGCAACGCUGGAAGCUGUGCUACAAGAACAUCAAAUGGAUCAAGGGUGAUGCACUUGAUUUACCUUUUGCAGACUGCUACUUUGAUGCUGUCACAGUUGGCUAUGGGUUGCGCAAUGUUGUUGACAAAUCCAAAGGAAUGCGAGAAAUAUUUAGAGUCCUGAAACCAGGAUCAAGAGUGUCUAUUCUUGAUUUUAACAAGAGCUCAUCCCUUUUCAUGGCAUCAUUACAGGGUUGGAUGAUCGAAUUAGCUAGUGGCUAUGGACUCACUGAAGAAUACAAGUACUUGAAAAGCUCCAUAUCGCACACUUGCGGAAUUCGUUGCAUAGUCUUUCAUCGCAGUAUCUAACAGGAGAAGAAUUGGAGAAGUUAGCCAAAGAAGCUGGGUUUUCUGCAGCCAAGCACUAUGAGCUUGGUGGUGGACUCAUGGGGAACCUUGUCGCAACUCGCUGGGUAGAAUUGUAGCGAUAAACUCUCAAUUUCUUGCCCUUCGGCGCAGGAGCGGUUCGAUCGAAAUCAGAUGGAUGAGAUGAAGGCCGGCACUGAGCAUACCGAUCUGCCACUCGGGAGCUAUCAUCUGACUGGAUCUUGUGUCUUAUGCAAACGUGGAUGUGCGCUCAUACAAAUUUCAGUUUUUGUAAUUGGAAGGCAUGAAGAUAGGUAAAAGUUUCUGGCCCUCGGUAUGCAUUGCUCUCAAGAGAUGAGAUGCAUUGCUCUGAGUCCUCUGCUCUCCGUUUAAUCGGUCCCCAUUACGAGUCGGAUCAGACCUGCUGUACUAGUAUUUACUCGUAUAUUCAGUGCUUCGACCUACUUCACUGCAAUGGUACCAAUGUAUAAAUAAGCCCAA